UGAAACUAAAGUACUAAACCAAAACCCCCUUGUGUGGAGGCGCCAAUUAAGCCAAUGCGGCAACGAUGAGGAUGAAGCUGACUAUGAGGACGGCGUGGGGACACGGCGCUCACCGCGCUCUCCUCGUCGCCGACGCCGGAGUGCUCCGAACUCUCUUCACUCUCUCCGCCAAACCGCACCCCCUCGCUUCCCACACUCUUCCACUCCACCAUCCUAUUUCGCCGCCGCACUCUAGGCCUAUUGCUCUCCUCUUUACCCCCGUCCUCCGCCGCGACUCUCAGUUUUCGACGGCGGCAGCCGCCGUCUACGGGGUGCUUCGCACUGGUCGGAGCCCUAAUUUUGGCUUGGCUAAGUGUAUUUCCUCAGUUUCGUCGUCGGCGCACACGGUGGAGUGGAACGAUGCUAUUUCCACCUCCGAAGCUUGGGACGGAGGAGUGAGUAAGGCCGAGGAGCUGGAUUUGGAGAAAGAGGACGGGGAUGAUGCUGCUGUUGUCUCUGCUGCUCUGCCUUCUAUUCCUGUUAGGGCUUUUUUCUUCUCCACCAGUGUGGAUUUAAGGAGCUUGGUGGAUCAGAACAAGCAGAAUUUCAUUCCACCAACAUCUCGGAUGACCAAUUAUGUUGUUUUAAGAUUUGGUUAUACUAAACCAGAUCCUAAUGUUUUGGGUUCUGGUUUAAGUGGCAGUGACUGCUGUUAUAUGGUGGUUUUUCAGUAUGGUUCAAUUGUCUUGUUUAAUGUCCGUGAUCAUGAAGUUGAUGGGUAUCUAAAAAUUGUUGAAAAACAUUCUUCUGGUCUAUUGCCUGAGAUGAGAAAGGAUGAGUAUGAGGUCAGAGAGGAGCCAACUUUAAGUACCUGGAUGCAAGGUGGACUAGACUACAUUAUGUUGCAGUAUUUGAAUAAUGAUGGCAUCCGUACCAUUGGCAGUGUUCUUGGUCAAAGUAUUGCUCUUGAUUACUAUGUGCGCCAGGUUGAUGGAAUGGUUGCAGAAUUUACAGAUAUCAAUCGAGGAAUGGAAAAAACUGGCACUUUUACAAUGGAGCGAAAAAAGCUUUUCCAGUUGGUUGGAAAGGCAAAUUCUAAUCUUGCUGAUGUGAUUCUUAAACUUGGACUUUUUGAAAGAUCGGACAUUGCAUGGAAAGAUGCUAAAUAUGCUCAGAUCUGGGAAUAUCUCAGAGAUGAAUUCGAGCUGACUCAGAGAUUUGCCAGCCUAGAUUUCAAGUUGAAAUUUGUGGAGCAUAACAUACGUUUUCUUCAAGAAAUUCUUCAGAAUAGAAAGUCAGACUUCCUGGAAUGGCUCAUAAUCAUACUGAUAGGGGCAGAAAUCCUUAUAUCUGUUUAUGACAUAGCCCACAAGUCUCUAUAGUCUUCCAAAGUAGUAGUAUUAGAAAUGUGAGUUGUAAUUGUUUACUGACUUGCUGUACAUAUAGACAUUAAAUUAAAUUAGUUUACUAAAUCUUUUACUUUUUUGGGUUUUACUACAUACCAUUUUGAUGUGAAA